AUGCACCUGUGUGGCACCCUGCUCCUCAUCCUCAUCAUCGCUGCACAUGAUGCAGUCCAUGCAGGGAGGAUCUAUGGAGGAAGAAAAGCCCAUGGCAGACCCUACAUGGCUCUGGUGGAGAGACAUAUGGGGGAUGGAAAACCCAAAUACUGUGGUGGCUUUCUUCUCCGAGACAACUUUGUGAUGACUGCAGCCCACUGUUCUGCCAGCUCUUACAGUGUCUUUUUAGGAAUUCAUGACGCCUUAAAAAAAUCUGAGGCGCAGCAUAUUUCUGUCGAGAAGGCCUUCAUGAAUCCAAUUUAUGAUGACAAAACUCUAAAGAAUGAUCUAUUGUUACUUAAGUUGAGCUCAAAAGCUAAGCUGAACUCUAAGGUGGCGUGCAUUUCUUUGGCUCGGCCGGAGGAUGAGGAGCCGAAGGACUGCAGUCUGGCCGGAUGGGGCCGUACUGAACAUUCUAAGGGAUACAACUCCCAUACUCUCAUGGAGGUGAAUGUCUCAGUGAGUCAGUGUGAAUCCCCGAAACAAGGAGACUACUUCUACUGUGUCAACGGGAAGAAAGGAGGUCAGAGUGGAGACUCAGGAGGCCCUCUCGUGUGUGAAAAAGAAAAAGUGUACGGAGUUGUGUCGGGCAGAACAGAGGCUGUCCAAUAUUACUCAAAGAUUCCAAUCCAUCAGAAGUGGAUCAACCGCAUCAUGAACAGUCAGUGA